CUUCAGUCGUAUAUUGAGCGCAAUUUGAAUGGACAGUGAAUAAAAACGCAAUUUAUGCGAAAAUAAUAUCAAUAUAAUUCAGUUUGACAAAUAAAAUAGAACAUUAAAAAAUAUUAAGCAAUUAAUUUGCGGCAGUUUAUUUCGCGACUAAAACUUUUGUGUUUGUUAAUUAAUUUUGUUGAAUCGUUGCUAAAUAUGUCCAAUGUUAAAGGAACCGAUGUGAAACCAUCACAGGCACUGAACUUAGAUGCGAAUCAGCAGAAAAAGUUCAUUCGAUUUUACAAGAGUCUGGGUGACAAACCAGCAUCGACCGUUCGUUUUUUUGAUCGAAACGACUAUUACAGUUUGCACGGUGAAGAUGCUUACUUGGCUGCCAAAGAGGUAUUCAAAUCAACGGCCAAUGUUAAAACCAUGGCACCUGAUGGCGCCACGCAACUCGAUUACAUCUGUUUGAACAAAGGCAAUUUUGAAGUUCUCUUGCGUGAAUUAUUGCUGGUCAAAAACUAUCGUGUCGAAGUUUUCACAAAGGAGCAAACCGGCGAAUUUUCGAUAGAAUUUAAAGGAUCACCCGGCAAUUUAAUCCAAUUCGAAUCAAUGCUCUUCAACAACGUAGACAUGGUGGUUGGCUCGUCGAUUCUAUCCGUCAACAUGAAACAGAAUGGACCGCAGAAGACCAUCGGUGUGGCGUGCGUUGAACAAAAUGAGCAAACAUUCUCCGUGAUUGAAUUUGACGAUAAUGAUUUUUAUUCGGAAUUAGAAGCGACAAUUGUUUUACUCGGGCCAAAAGAAGCUAUAUUGCCAUCGAUUGAUGGUGAAUACGAACGAAUCAAUCAAUUGUUGGAACGGAAUUCCGUUAUGGUAACGGUACGUAAAAAGAGCGAGUUUACACAUGAAAAAUCGAAUUUGGAACAAGAUCUCAACACAUUACUGCAAUUCAAAGACGGACAACAGGCAAAUGCAAACUCAUUGAAAGAGCUAAAAUUGACUGUGGCAAUGGCAUCGUUGAACGCAGCCAUUCAGUAUUUAGAUUUAGUAUCUGAUGCUUGUAAUCAUGGUCACUACAAGAUGAAUAUGAUGAACCUGAAUCGUUAUGUUCAUUUGGAUGCGGCCGCUGUAUCGGCGUUGAAUUUAUUACCGAAACCAGGCACUGCCGUCAAUUCGCAGGCGUACAAGUGGCAAAGCAUUUUGGGCGUUUUGGAUCGCUGCCAGACACCACAAGGACAUCGAUUGAUGGCACAAUGGGUUAAGCAACCUCUUCAAAGUAAGGAAUUGAUCAAGGAUCGUCAUGAUAUUGUUGAAUGUUUCAUCGAUGCAAGUACGGCCCGUGCAGACUUGUAUGAAGACUACAUGAAACGUAUGCCAGAUGUUUUGAUGUUAAGCAAAAAAUUGCUACGUAAACGUGCCACACUGCAAGACAUUUAUCGUUUGUAUCAAGUUGUGAUUCGGACACCGAAAAUCGUUGAAGUUCUCAAGGAUUUGGAUUGCAAAACAAUUGACAAGUCUCUAUGCGAACCAAUUAAGGAUACGCUCGAUGAGCUUGGCAACUACAAGAGCAUGGUCGAACAAAUCAUUGAUAGAGAUGAGGUGGAAAAGGGUGAAUUUAUGGUGCGUCCAUCAUUCGACGAAGAGCUUGGCGAGUUGAAAAAGACAAUGGACGAGUUUGAGUCGAAAAUCGCAAAGGUUCGAUCAAAGGCGGUUGAUGAUUUGAAUAAUGAUUCCGUCAAAUUGGAAUAUGUAUCACACUUGGGCUAUCAUUUCCGUUUGACAUUGAAAGAAGAGUCUGCAUUGCGUAAUAAUAAAAAAUACCGAACUAUCGACACCCUUAAAGGCGGCAUUCGGUUCACAAAUGAUGCGUUGGAAAAAUUGAACAAAGAUUUCAUGGAAGCUCGAGUACAAUAUGAAACACAACAGCAAUCGAUCGUUGAGGAAGUUAUCAAAACGGCAUUGAGCUAUUUAGGUUCGUUUACUAGAUUAAACAAUCAUAUCGCUGAAUUGGAUUGUCUGUUGAGCUUUGCCAUAGCUGCUGUGUCGGCUCCAAUACCAUACGUUAAACCAAAAAUGUCAGAUGAAUCACCGCGAAUUCUCAAUCUCCAAGGAAUGCGACAUCCGUGUCUUGAAUUGCAAGAAGAUAUAACCUUCAUUGCAAACGACGUUGCAUUCAAAGAAGACGAAACUAACAUGUACAUCAUUACAGGGCCAAAUAUGGGUGGAAAGUCAACGUACAUUCGUAGCGUUGGUGCAGCUGUGCUUAUGGCACACAUUGGAUCGUUUGUUGCGUGUGAAGAAGCCCAAAUACCAUACGUUGACUCAAUUCUUGGUCGCAUUGGUGCAGACGACAAUAUUUCGAAGGGACUAUCUACUUUUAUGGUUGAAAUGAUCGAAACAGCUGGCAUUGUUCGCACGGCGACAUCAAAAUCGUUGGUUGUAAUUGACGAAUUGGGCCGUGGCACGUCUACAUAUGAAGGAUGCGGAAUUGCGUGGUCAAUUGCCGAGCAUUUAGCCAAGGAGACAAAGUGCUUCACACUGUUCGCCACACAUUUCCAUGAAAUCACCGAUUUGGCCAAUACAUUGAGCACUGUCAAGAACAGUCACAUGGUUGCUAUCUCAGAUAAGGACACAUUCACGUUGUUGUAUCAAGUUCGAGCCGGCGUCAUGGACAAAAGUUUCGGUAUUCACGUGGCAAAAUUGGCCAACUUCCCGGAUGAAGUCGUGGAUUUGGCGCAAAAAAUCUAUGAUGAAAGCGAAGAUCAUUAUUCGCAAUUGAAAUCACAGGAUGAUGAAGAUGCGGCCAAAAUUUUUUUGGAAGCCAUUGAAAAACUCACAGCCAUCGAUCCGGAACUGGUUGACGAUUCGAAAAUCAAUGAACUUGCCAAAAAUAUCAAUAUCAAAGUCAAAAACUCCAACAACACGUAUUUCCGAGAGCAGUUCCCACAGCUAUUCCACUAAUCUUCAGCCGAACCAUUUUUACAGAUUUUCUUGAUUUUUUGAAAAUUUCUUUGUGAUAUUUCAAAUGCUCACAGUAUACUUUAUAUAUAUUUCGAUAAUCCAAUUUAAGACAAUGGCAUUCCAAUUCCGAUCUAAUCAGACAUUUUAAAAUGUACAAAAGAAUUUUCGUUCCGUUCAAACAAACUGUAUUUCAUUUUCUUUGUAAAGCAGAGAGAUAACGUUUAAAUAUCAUUCAUCCAUUCUGCGUAUAAAUAUUAUGAUAAAUAAAUAUCGUCAAAGUUCAAACGGUUAAAAUGGACUAAUUUCUCAGAAAAUAACAA